AUCAAAGAUUCUUCCUCCGCAAAAGCCCAAAAGCAAACCUCAGUUUCAAUGCGUAUGCAACGAAAGAACGAUUGUGUAGAAGCCAAUCUACUUCUCUUCUUUUACACCAGCGGUGCGUGAAAGGAAAAGCUAGGGUUUUGCCGGAUUCACAUGUUCUGCGUGCAGCGCUAUGGAAGUUGUCUGACUUUUUUUGAUCUCGGAUCGAACCAUUGUAAGUCCUGUCAUUCUGUGGCGCCGGAGAACACUGGCGCUGAAAAGAGGAGCUGUUGCUGACUGUGCGGAUUGUUUUCGGUGCUUCGAUCGGCGCUGUAUGGGAAUGGGUUCGCUGUUUGGAAAUCCUUGUUUUGGAUUUAUCUGAUUGAAUUAUUGGGGCUGUUUUGUCAGUUUGUUGGGUGGUUGGUUUGAUAGUUGAUCGGAUUUUGGUUGGUAUUCCUUUGUAUUUUCUUGUGAGUCGGAUAUAUUAAAUUGACCAAUAAUCAAAUUAGGUUUUGGUUUUAGAAUGCGUGUGUAGAAAGCUCCGAAACUUCUACUCGGAAGAGGCGCUUCUUUGAGCUAGAUGCUGUGGGAAUCUUACCAGUUUAUUUGUUUUCAAGGAAAUGGGAUUUCUUUGAAUGGUUUGAGAUAGUGCUGGUGUGACUAAAGCUGGAUAUAUGGGUGAGAUUGGACUGUUGAGUCUAGGAUGGAAGUGGUUGAAAUCUCAGAAGCAGGCUUUUGUGGGAACCCAAGUUGCACUGGGCUGCUUAAGGGAUAGGCUUGUCUUUCUGAUCGACCAGCAUUGGCCACUGGUAUGUAGAUGGAGUAGGAACCUUGGGAAAUUUUUUUUCGAGUUGAUUUGGCUAUGGAGGGAUUGUGUUGUGAGGGGUCUAACAUCGUUGAUUGGUCUUGGUUCGACGGCACUGUUUGUGAUCUUUUGGAGCUCCUUUCUUAGUUUGGCAUCAACAGUUUGCCUUUUUUAUGUGCUUCUGAGCAUGGGAGCUGCUGGAGCCUCUAUUUACUAUCUGGGUUUUACUCCUGGGCUCUUUAUGGUUGGUCUAUUUGGUAUUUUGAUAUUGUGGAAAUGCAGUAACUUUUGGACCACAGGAGUACUUAUUGUAGUUGGAGGUUAUGCGUUCUCCCUAAGCCAUGCACGGGGUCUUGUAGUCAUUUCGGCUGUAUAUGCUUUGUACUUUGUUCAUGCUCGCGUUGGAUGGACUGGAGUUUUUCUUUCCAUGAAUCUCUCCUUUAUCUCAAAUGACCUUCUGAAUAAGUUACUCCAAGGAUAUGAUUAUGCCUGUGAGCAUGCAAGUUGUGAGGAACACAAGGCAUCCGAACCACUUGUAGAAGAUUAUCCUAGCGAAUUUGAAUUUUUUCCUCAUACAGCAGAGGCUAACAAUGUGGCUUCAAGUAAAUCAACUGUUAAAAAUUCUGUUACAUCAAGUUUUUUCGGUGUUCAGAAAGAUGCUUCUUCAAUCAAGGUUGUAAAUGCUGAUUCAGUUUCAAAUGAUGAAAUGAAGAGGAUAAUGAAUAGUUCAAAUCAUUAUGAGGCCUUAGGAUUUCCUCGAAGGAAUAGUAUUGAUCCCAUUGCAUUGAAAAAGGAAUACUACAAAAAGGCUAUGCUUGUCCAUCCUGACAAAAACAUGGGAAAGCCAUUAGCAAGUGAAUCAUUCAAGAAGCUACAAUGUGCUUAUGAGGUUCUUUCAGAUUUUACAAAGAAGAAAAAUUACGAUGAGCAACUAAGGAAAGAAGAGUCUGGUAGAGCACUCCAACGUUCCUGCAGCUCCUCUAGACAGGAUGGUGUAGAUUUUCACUCCGAGGAGUCUAGGCGUAUAGACUGCACGAAGUGUGGGCACUCACAUAUUUGGAUUUGCAUCAAAAGAAGUAAAGCAAGUGCUAGGUGGUGUCAGGACUGUUCUCAAUAUCAUCAAGCUAAGGAUGGAGAUGGAUGGGUGGAACUUACUUCUGUCUUUUCAACCUCCCAAAAGGUGCAAAUACCUCGUGCCUUUGUCUGUGCUGAGAGCAAGAUAUUUGAUGUGUCCGAAUGGGCUAGUUGCCAGGGAAUGGAGUGCAAGCCCAACACACACAGACCGAGCUUCCAUGUAAAUAUGGUGGGUUUGGAUCGGUCCGCCCAAAGAUCCAAUUCCUCUCGGUAUCCUUGGGGUCUCGAUGCCGAGAUGGUACCCGAAGAUGACGAGUUUGAACUCUGGCUGCAGCAGGCAUUAGCAUCCGGACUCUUCUCCGACAGUCCGAAGCGCAGAAAAAGCUGGAGCCCUUUCAAAAUGCCUCAGAAAGGCAUCAAACCAUGGAGAAAGUCGCCGUAGGUGUAACUGACAUCAACCAAACCGGAGCGACGCCUGCCAUCAAAAUUUCUACAAGAGAUGACAGACAACCUGAUAUUAGUUUCAAACACACAUUACCUGCUGCCAAUAAAGUUCAAUUUACAAUGGUUCAAAUGUUGGAAAUGGGCAUAUUUUUUUCAGAAAAGAAAGAAAAAUGCAUUAUUUUCUGAAGUUGAAGACGACAGCAUUGACCGGUGAUUGCGAGGUAAAUGCCCAUCAACCUCUCGACAGAAAAAAAAAUGGUUAAGUCUGGAAAAGUAGUGCAAUUACAUUGUACAUAGAGGAAGGGAUUCCCUGCUUUAGGACUGAACUGCUGCUUCUUGUAGUAAUAUUGCCCACUAAAUUUGGGAGAACUCAAGGUUUAAUCAGCUGUCCUCAACAAAAACUCAUAUAAUUGCUGUAAAUGAUUUGUUUUCUGUUCUCA